CGGAGGAGUGUAUCUCACGCCUGCCGGCUUUUUUCUUUGCUCUCGCACGCCCGCGCCUCCCACUGAUGCUCGCGGUCAUUGUGCUUCACGAUUGUUUUCUUGACGAGUGACGCGAAAACCCGGCCAGCCUCAUAUGCUUAAAUGGUAUUUCCGUGUUGUUUGCCCGGAGCAGGCAAAAGUUUCCCCAUGCUAAGUUGACGUUAUAUGGGGAAUACAAGAUUCUGCCAUAACAGCACCAGUCGCGACUCAAAGUUUUUACCCCCUCCAAAAUAGUUCCAAUGGGAUUAUCCGCCAAGUUGGUGAAUUAAUAACAACUUUCUGGGACUAAAAUUUCUUGUGGUUUGACGAACAUUUAUACUGAUUGUACGUGUGUUUGUUUCUCGAAGGCUUGUUGAUUGAAUUUUCUGCAAGUCCUGCGGGAAAUAAGAGUUGUGAAUACAUUUUUUUUAGAGAAAUUCAAUGAAAUUUAUACCAUUAUACCAUUUAUUUAUCACAGUAGGAGACACAAAUAUUUGUCGAUAAUAAUUUCUCGUUUGUAGCAUCUUUAGUAAUUUACUGCUUUCGUGUUAUACGUGAUAAACAAAUGAACAAUCAAAACAGUUACUACUGUAUUUGACGCGUCCUUUCCAAUUUAUAUUUGAUAAAAUUUCAAAAGACUUCCUUUCAAAUAAUAAAAUUAAUCCGUUAAAAAUGUGAAUAACCCUGAAAUGAAUAUUCAUCCUCACGAGAAACGAACACAUUUGCAUCGAUAAUACGAGUUUUAGCGUCUAUUGAGAUUCUGAAACAUAAUCGAGCUCCAAGUAAAUGCAAUCGAGUGUCUUUAAAAGCAAAAAGAAGAAAAUAGAUGCUAGCGGAUGUAGCGCCGACGACAUAUUUACAAUAUACACUACGCGCUACAAUAUACAAUGUGCGCAAGCACGGCAAAAUAGAAAUUUUCCCGAUAAUUUGCUUGCCCCGUCUGGGAUUUGCAGUCAAACGUGCAGAUGCAUGCACGUAUACAUUUAUGACUGCUGCAGAAGUAGCAUCAGAGAAUAGGAGCUAAGCCUGACAGCGAAUUGGGCAAAAUUUGGAAACGCGUGCGUAACUCAGCGGCGCAAUAUAUUCAAAAACAGUUUGCGAAGAAAGUGUAAGCGGCAAGUGUACGUGCGUAAUAAAAAAUGCAGGUAACGUGCGCAACGCCUGGGCGAGCGACGAUCUCUUAAAUCUGCUCGACGUGCUCAGUGUGCGCGGCUGGUGUGUUGCAUAGCGUGUGCGUGGAGGAGAAAUGAGUGAGGACGCGUGGUCGCAGCUUGACGACGGCCAGUUCGUUAACAGCAGUGCCAAGUCGCCCAGUCUCUGGGACAGCAGUCUCAGCCAGCCCAGCCUCUGGUUUCUGUCCUCUUUGUCGUUCGUUGCGCGAGCCAACGAUCUGUUGAAUGGCCACUGGAUGGACGAGCACCUCGCCGAAAAGAGCCAUCACACUACCGAUGCUGCCGCUGUGCCCACCUUACGCACUGGAGCUCUUGUCGCAAGCAAGACUUUGCUCGAGCUCGACCUCGACUACUUGGAGCGGCGAGGUGACGGCUUUGGUGAGGCAGAAGCCGCUGCGACGGCCAGCAGCGCAGCUAACAAGGAAGAGGAUAGUCCGGCCGACACACUCGAACGAGUCAAAGUCAUCUUUCUCGGGGCACCUGGCGUCGGCAAAACCAGCAUUAUUCGGCAAUUCGUAUGGAGCGAAUUCUCGGAGGAGUACAGGCCGACCGAGCGCCGAGAAACCUACUACCCGAGCGUCGUGCUGGCCGAACGGUUGUACGAGCUGAAGAUCAGUGAUCUGCCGACUAUACCAUAUUUCCCCGUCAGCUCGCACCUCGAAUGGACUGACUUCCGUUACUAUGGGCUGCGGAGCGCCACCGCCUACGUACUUGUGUUCGACCUCAGCAAUCAGGAGACCUUCCAGUACAUAAGGACGUUGCGCGAGCAGAUCUAUGAGGCUCGCGACAUGCGUAACGUGCCGGUGCUCGUAGUGGGCAACAAACAGGAUAAGCUACCCCCGAGCGGUACGGGCGCCAGCGGUGGCAGCGGCUCGAGCGGCGGCGGGCUGCCCGGCACGAGGCAUCGUGACAUCGUCAACCUGGUGCGCAAACACUGGCGUUGCGGCUACGUCGAGUGCAGUGCUCGUUUCAACUGCCGCGUCGUGCAGGUAUUCCGUGAGCUGAUGAAGAGCAUCGCCGUAUUGGAGGGUAAAACCGCGUCGUCCCCCACGAGCUCCUUGCCGCUACUACGUUCGCAGGAGGUAACCUCAUCAGGUAGCUCGAGUGGUAACGACCCCGCUUCGGCAGGUGCAAGUGGCUCCGACAAGUGCACACUUCUCUGACAUCAGGCGAAUAAGCCCGACGACGAGCGGCUCGAUCACUAAUAAAUACAUCUCUUCCCUUCCUCUCAUGCCACCGUAAACCCCUUUCCAAUUAAGAAGUAAGUACAUACAUGUUGUGCUAAUCAAACAGACAAAAACAACAAAAGU